GGAAACACACUUCCAUCCGGUUAUUGGAGCUCCACUACCGAACGUCCUUCCAGGUGUGCAAGCGGAGCUUUCUUCAUAGUAUCUGAAAGAUCAGAAAGGAAGAGGGGUAUCAAUACAGUCGCCUCCUUGAACACAUCCUUCUGCGUAAAUUACGAGGGACACUCUAUCCGCCAAGCAUAAUCAAGAGGCCGGUUUGCCUCUGCGGCGUGUCAGGUUGCUGACUGUUUCUAUAGCCUUUCCUACUAUUUGUUGUUAAGGGAGAGGUAACACUAACAUUGCUAACAGCAUCCGAGGCAAAAAGCCCUCGAUGAACGGGCACCGGACUGUGAGAAAUCGGAACCGGGAUCAGGACCGGAAUGUGGAUGCAGUAUGUCGGCCACAUGUAGCAUCUGGAGGCAGCAGUGGUGGAGGGAGGGGGAACUGUAUCUUAAGGAAAUUGAUCCAAUUACCAUCUCCUCCCUUGACACGUCACCAGCUCAAGAGACUUGAAGAACAUCGCUAUAGCAGUGCUGGCCGCUCAUUACUGGAACCUUUCAUGCAGCACUAUUGGGAAUGGCUGGUCCGCCAAGUGCCUGCUUGGAUGGCACCAAACCUUAUUACCAUUGUAGGCCUCAUCAUUAACAUGAUUACAACUCUGGUCCUGGUUUAUUACUGUCCCACAGCUACUGAACAGGCUCCGUUAUGGGCAUACCUGGCAUGUGCUGUGGGACUGUUUAUUUACCAGUCUUUAGAUGCUAUAGAUGGGAAACAGGCAAGGCGAACAAACAGUAGUUCCCCACUGGGUGAGCUCUUUGACCACGGCUGUGAUUCCCUGUCCACAGUGUUUGUGGUUUUAGGAACAUGUAUUGCUGUGCAACUGGGAACUAACCCUGACUGGAUGUUCUUCUGUUGUUUUGCUGGGAUGUUUAUGUUUUAUUGUGCGCACUGGCAGACAUACGUCUCAGGAACACUACGCUUUGGCAUAAUUGAUGUGACUGAGGUGCAAAUCUUCAUAAUAAUCAUGUAUUCACUGGCAGCAAUUGGAGGAUCGGAUUUUUGGCAAUUACCGAUUCCUGUAUUAAACAUCCAAAUGAAGAUUUUGCCUGCUCUCUGUACAGUUGCUGGUGCAAUAUUUUCCAGUACAAACUACUUCCGUGUGAUAUUUACAGGAGGUGUUGGCAAGAAUGGAUCCACAAUAGCAGGAACAAGUGUCCUUUCUCCAUUCUUGCACAUAGGCUCUGUGAUAACCCUUGCAAUUAUGAUAUACAAGAAGUCUGCAGUUCAAAUCUUUGAAAAGCAUCCAUGUCUUUACAUACUUGCUUUUGGGUUCUUAUCUGCCAAAAUAACCAACAAACUGGUGGUUGCACACAUGACAAAGAGUGAAAUGCAUCUUCAUGAUUUGGCAUUUGUAGGUCCCGGUUUGCUCUUCCUUGACCAGUAUUUCAACAGUUUUAUUGAUGAAUAUGUGGUUCUCUGGAUUGCCUUGAUCUUCAAUUUCUUUGAUCUUGCCCGUUACUGUAUCAGUGUCUGCAAUCAGAUUGCCUCUCAUCUCAAUAUUUCUGUAUUCAAGAUAAAGCCACCAGCUUUACUCAGCAAUCAAGGCCACAACCACCACUAGUCCAUUGUUGUUCUUUAUUACAAAACUGGAAAUCUUUUUCUUAUGAAUGUAAUGUAUGAAAAUGGAAGAUUCUGGUAACUGUGAGAAGAAAACAAAACAAAAAAAGAUUCAGUUACUGUCAUGCAACGUAUUGCAGUUUCAAUGUUGUCAUAUCAUUUACUAGCACUCCUUUUUUUUUUAAGGAAGAAAAAGUGGACAAUUCUCUUCUCACCAUUACCACAUCCCUCCAGUUUUAUGGUGUUUAUUCCCUAAAUAUUCAUCACACACAAAACCUUUAAAUGAGCAAAGAGAAACAAACGUAAAGAAGACACUGGUGGCGCCCUUGUAUCUUCUGUUGAAGCCCUUGUUUUCAGGCAGCACUCAGUGUAACCUUUUUCUACAUUCACCAUUUAAUCAGUGGUUAAGUUGUAUUGUAGCUUGUUUUUGUUAAGUACAAAUUUAUUUGCUAAUUUAAAAUGACUCAUUACAUAGGAAAAAAUGUCUUAAAAUUGGCAUGCCCUUGUGUGAGUGUGUGUGUGUUUUUUUUUUUAAUCUUCAACAAAGCAUAGAAUAUUUAAAAGUAACCGUAUUUUUUAAUCCAAAUAUAUUUGGGUUGCAAGUUUUAACUCCGUGUAAAUACAGUAUGCAUUUUGCUAUAAGUAUUUUUCUUUCAUAUUUAACAGUAUGUAUCUCAAGUUUUUUGGAGUUCUUUUAACACUGAAGGAGAGAAGCUGAAUGGUCAUUGUGCACCUUUGGCUGAUAAUACAAGAGAGAUUCAUUAUGUGGUUGUUGAGUAAUUUUAUUUUGUUGCUCAAUUUUUGACUUUAAUGUUCUCAAGCUAUACAUUGUUGUUUUUCAUUAAGGAACAUCAGGAUUAUAAAUUGAAAUUCUUUCAACAUUUAAUGAACUUUGCCAAUGUUUAUUUAGUCAUAUGUGUGUAAUGAAGAAAGAUUGAUAAUCAGUAAAAAUAUUUAUACAACCAUUUCCCCCCAUCUAAUGUAAUUAAUGAGUGUGUUCCCCUUUCUAGAUUACAAGCAGUUUAGAAAUAGUUAACAUUGAUUUUUAGUUUUAUGUAAAAAAUGGUGAUUGUUCUUCGACAAAAUGUAUGAGAGAGAACUGGUACUGGCAGGUUAAAAUGAUAAUAAAUAUUACUUUCUUCUGGAUGAAAAAAAAAUCUUUUUUUUAGGAUUAAAAAAAAAAUCCAUUAGUGUAUGUGUUUUCUGUGUCUUAUAUUGCUUCAGUUAGUACUUCUGCUUAUCGCAAGUUUCAGUGAAACUUUGGGAAUCAUAAAAAAAAAUGUGUCUGCUGGUUAAUCGAAUACCUCAAGAAUGAUCUUGGAUAGUCUGAAUCUUGACAGAACAAAUUGCUCUCCUCAUACUUAGUCAGUUUAAUUAGAUUUUGGUUAUUUUUUCACAUGUAUGUGUGUGUGUAUAUAUGUUUAUGCUUGUAUUUAUAUAUACAUACAUAUACAUACAUAAAAUCAUGUGUAAUUUUAAAUUUAGUUUUAUUAACGUGCUGUAACCAGUAUUUACUUAAAAAGGCUUCUUUGUUUUCUAAAUGAUUGACUGCCUAACACAAAGUCCUAGUGAGUUUGCCUGUUAAUUGAUUAUGAAUGGUUGGCUUGGAUAAGUGAUUGCCUUGUUUUCUUUGCCUUAGCCCAAUUAAUUUAUUGGCCUGAAUUAAUGUAGUAGUCCUUUAUCUGACAUUGGGUCAAUUUUUGAAUGACAUUUUAUUGCUUCUUUCCAGAUGUUUUCAUCUUUUAAGUUCUUACUUUAAUAUUUAAUUGAAUGCCUUUAAUUUUUGUAACUUUUUCUGUGACUUUUAAAAGGUUUAAAACUUCAGAAAGCACAGAUGAUUGUUUCAUUUCAGACUAUAGAUUUUACCAUGUCAAAUAUUUUGAGAGAGAGUGAGAAUUAAAGGAUGUUGUGAAGAAAUUUGAGCAUACAUAUAUGACUACGUAAUACCUGUACUGUGUUUUAGGUGUCUUUACUUUUUGUCCUUGCCAAGUAAAAAGUUUUAAACAAAAUGUUGCCUUUUUUACGUAAUUCUAGAUUAAAUGGAAUUCAAAAGGCUUGCUAGAAGAAAACCUAUAAAAAGGUUAACAACUGCUUUUUAUCAAAAUUCUCAGGUACAAAAAUAAUGUGUUGGUAGGUAACACUCCAGUGCUGCAUAAAAAGUGUAACUUAUUUCUGCUGACUUACAGUAUAAUAUCCUGUUUAAAUUUUGAUGCAGAGAUGGGGAGUCAGAAAUGUGCUAUACAGUAUUAUAGAUCAGAAAUGGAGAGAGAUACUGCUGAUGAGCGCCAAGAUGUUUCUCUCCAUAUAAUGGCAUUAGUAAUUAAACAAAGUACUGAAUAAAGUUCCGCUUCUUGUUUUGCAGUCCAUCUUAAUAAAAGCCUCAGUUAUGUUAUUUGAUUUAUUUUUGUUAGUUCUCUUUGCCUAAUUGUAACAUUCUUUCUGUUAAGACAUUUCAUUUUAAAAAUAAAACGAGCCUAUGUAAAAUAAAGAAUACUAUAUUUAUAACA